CCUCAUUCACAACGCACUUUCUCUUCCUCUCUCCUCCUACCAAGAAAUCAUCGUCUUCUUCUUCAUCUAUUCAGGAUCGAUCCGGCUUGAGAUUUAUUACAAAUUCGUCCUUCUAUUUGCUCCAAAAGUUCGACAAUUUCGUAGGGGCAAAGAUGGACGCUGAUUCCAAGAGAUUUCUAGCUACGCUUCGAUCCCGAUCUGGUUUUUGAGCUAUGUAAGAAAAAUUCUUAAACUUGUUGUGUUUAGGAGCUGUAAUAGAUUUGCUUCUGAAAUAAAGACAACAAAAAAACUGGAUGUUCCUAUCUAGGUUAACAUGAUUCAGCAGGUUGUCUCAUGGAGUCUAGUUUUGUUUUUCUUUCAUAUUGUUGUUACUUGGCUAGAUGAAAUUUUGUGCUUUUACCAGUAUCAUACUUGCAAAUAUAUAUGAUCUUUUAUGUUUGAAAAUUGUAGAAAUGUUAAUGGGCUUUGAAGAAAUAGAUGGAGAUGAUGAUUUCCAGGAGGAGUUUGCUUGCCCGUUCUGUGCAGAAUCGUAUGAUAUCAUCGGGUUGUGCUGUCACAUAGAUGAUGAACAUACUUUAGAGUCGAAGAACGUAUGCCCUGUUUGUUCUCUUAAAGUGGGAGUUGAUAUCGUAGCACACAAACGCUUCACCAUGGGACGAAAGAGAAAGUCACGAAAAAGCGGUACCAAUUCGACACUUUCACUUCUUCGGAAAGAACUAAGAGAAGGAGAUCUACAAAGGUUGUUAGGAUUUACUUCUCGUAAUGGUUCUGUUGCGUCAAGUGUAACUCCUGAUCCUCUCCUGUCGUCAUUUAUCUCACCUACACGAUCACAGAGUUCUCCUGCGCCACGCCAAACCAAAAACGUAUCCGAGGAUAAACAGAUAGAGCGCAAGAGACAAGUGUUCAUCUCACCGGUCUCGUUAAAAGAUCGGGAAGAGAGGAGGCACAAAUCAGAGUUUGUUCAGAGGCUCUUGUCAUCAGCCAUUUUCGAUGAAGUCUAAUGCACAUACAAAGAUUGAGAACAUGGAGGAACUAAUUCGAAUCAGACUUGAGAGAAUCUGGUUUCGAGAAAAACAAUGGUUGGGAUGAGAAGAAGACGGAGAAGAGCGAGAUGCAGCUAUGUUAUCAAUAUCUAUAUCUAUCUAUGUAUUGUGUCUGUUUGGUGCUACUAAAUACAUUGCGUAGAAAUGUGUUUUCUUAAGUUUAUUAAGCAAUUGAAAAGUAAGAUAUAGGAAGAAGAAUAAGUCCUCUUGUCUGUAGCAUAAACCCUAUUGGUGUUCUUGUGUUGUGUGUCUUAUGAAAUGAAAAAUGUUCACUCUUGUAAGCUAGUAAAAGAGUGAUAAAAGAGUGGUUGAGAAACCACGUACGAAGUCAUCUGUUUAAGAAUAAUUCAACAAUAUUGUUACUUUUGGUGUGUGUGUGUUUUUCUCU